AAUCAAUCUGAUCAACAGCCAAUUUUUCUCUGAUGUUGCAACAAAGUCAAUGGCUCAGCAAAAUAUGUACACUGCAGAGAGGUUUUAGCUCAAAUUUUUGUUCGUUGAUUACGCAUCCCGGACGGUUCCCGACUGCCAUAACUACAACUGCUGUUUUCGUUGAGUUGUCGGAUCCUACUUUGGAGUUGCUCUGCUAUUUGGAUUUCGAAAAAGCCUGUGAUCUGCAGUACUGCAGCUAAAAUCAAGAUGGCCUCCUCCUCCAACUCCAUUAUUACUCAUAUUCAUUCUGCCCUGGAUGCUCUUCAGCCGCUCCUGUGUUCCGUUGAUGAUCCUAUACUAAUAGAGAAUAUCAUGUUACUGAUGGGCAAGCUCAGACUUCUCAAGACAUUCGUUAUCUUUUCAAGAAGGCUGGAUCGCGACUUGCAUCUGAGGACCGAUGAAAACAAGGAGAACAUUAAUGCGGACAGAAGUUUGGGCUCUCUUUUGGUGAGGAUUGAAUGUAUCCUUUGCAGACACUAAAAUGAUAUCCGCUCUUAUUGUCUCAGAUUAAAGAAUGAUGAAAAGCCUGAUGAUGUCGUGUACAAAGUUAUCGCCUUUACACUGGACAUGGAUUCUUUUGAAGAAGAAAUAGAGAAAUGGUACAUCACUUUGUUAGACUAAUUGCAGCAAUCAAGUUCUCCAAUGACCAAUCAUGUCAAGGAUAUUGUUGAUUCCACUCUGGAGAAUCUAGAUGAUUUCCUUUCCCACCCUAGAAAUGUUACAGGUUUUCUUGUGGAACCAGUAGCAUCCUUGAAAGAAAAUGUCACAUUCUUGAGAACUUUCUUCCGUCUUGUUACUCUUUCAGGUGCUGAUGAGCCCCGAGAACUGCAAGAAUUGUUGAGUCACAUUGAAGCUCUUGCUAUGACUGCUGCUCAAAUAACAGUACGUCUUUCUUCAACUUUGACUUCCUAUGAGUUUAACCUUUCAUUAAGAUUUUCCUAUAAUGAUGGAACAAAUCUUAUGAUCUCUGCUUUGCUGCACAAAAUCAAGUCUAUCGAUUCUCGUGUAGCCGAGACUUACACUAGGGUGCUUGCAAGCUUAAAGCAUUUCAUCAGAGAGUCACAUAUUCCCGCUGUCGACAUGUAUGGUGAUCCCAUAAUUACCUUCAAGGAUUUCGUUGUUUCUCUACUGUGCAAUCAUUGGGAGAUCCUGCAACUGGAUACUGUUCCUCUUUUUUCAUUGAAGGAUCAGUUGCAAUCACUGUAUGAGGAACUAAGAUCCUUAAGGAUGGCUCUUGAGUUGAAGCCAAACAAGUUUGUUGAUGUCAAAAUUAGGAACCUUGUCGGAUUUGUGAUAUGUGAUGCUGGAAUUGUGGAUCUUUUCGCUUUAUCAGAAAGAUAUUGCCAUUGAUCCUAGGGUUCCAGGUCUGCUAGAAAACAUUAAGGAGAUUCGGACAGUGGUUGAAGAGCAAGCAGUGGAAAAGGCAAAGUUCAACUUUCCAAAGACCAAUCUCUCGGGCUUUUUGGAUUUUCUUUUGGAGAAUUUACUGCAAGUGAGAAACUGUAUGGAUGAUUCAGAUAUCCAAAGUUGCAUUCAAAUUAUUGGAGAGCAUCUUGUGUUCUUAAGAUCAUUUGUGGGAAUACUGGAGCAGUUACAACAAGAAGAUCUUCAAGCUCUUCACAAUCUUGCUGUAGAAGUGGCAUACAAGAUGGAGUUUCUCAUUGAUCAGUUGGUUCUUGGAGAUAGUCAAAAUUCUUUUUCAGCUUCAUUUGUAUCCAUCAAAGAGGACAUUGGGAUCAUUAAGACAGAUGCCAUGAAGAUUUUCUGUUGCAGGAGACAACCGUUCCAAUUCCAGAAACUAACAAGGACACCACCGUUUCAGGUCGCACCACAAAGGUCCGCGACAGCAGCUGAUGAAGUUGUAGGUAUGCCCAGCUUAGGAAAGACCACUUUGUGCACCACUUUCAUGUUCGUGCAUGAUUCGAUCUCUCAAGUUUUCAACAUGAAGGAAGUUGUACUUGCUCUUUUAGCUCAAAUGCCAGAAAAGCUUCCCAAUGGAUACAUUGAGAUGACUGAAGGUGAUUUGGUUCAAGAGCUUUGGCGUUCUUUGAAACAACGUAGGAAUUGUACUCGAAUGGAGGAAUUAUUGAAAUUUUGGGCUAAAAUGAAGAUUAAAGCAAGUAGAAUUGUCUUAACAAGUCGACAAUAUGAUGCAGCUCCAGAAGCUCUACUUGAUGAGAAGCCUCAUUUUCUUCGUCCACUCACCGGCAAUGAGAGUUUCCAGUUAUUCAGGUGUAAGUUGUUCCCUGGGAAAGACUGGCCGGCAUCAUUAUAUGAAGUUGGAAAGCAACUUGUAGAAAUUUGUAGAGGAUUACCUCUAACAAUAGUUGUCAUGGCUGGAAUUUUAUUAACAAGAAAUCAAGAUGCUUGGAAUGAAGUUCUCGAGAAUCUAGAAGACCGAGAUGUCUCGGUCAAGAGGUUGAUUUGGUAUUGGAUCGCUGAAGGGUUCGUGCGAAAAUCUAAGUCCACGAGCUUAGAAGAGGUUGCAGUAGAUUACUUGAAGAAUUUGAUUGGCAGGAGUUUAGUUAUUGAGGCCAACAAGACCUCCAGGGGACAUGUCAAAGCCUGUUGGACACAUGAUUUGAUUCAUGACUUCUGUUUGCGAAAAGCCAAAGAAGACAAUUUUUUUGAACUUUUAAAAAGCUCUGAGGAGCUUUUAUGUUUCAAUGAGCCAGGCAACCUGAGAAGAUUGUGCAUACACGCUGAGCCAGAGCAGUUUUUGGAGUCCAAGCUAUUUUGUCCUCGUUUGCGUUCACUGAUGUUCUUUGAUCCAAACCCAUGGACUUCUGGUCCAGUUGCGAUAUUUGGCAAUGAAAAGUCCUACAAAUGUCAGCCCAUCCAUAGUAACCUUCAUAACUUAGAAACUCUCAUUCUUCGUCCAUUAUCAGGUUUUGUUGCAUUGCGGGAGACAUUCUGGAAUCUGCAUAAAUUGAGACAUGUGUGCAUAAGCAAUUAUGGAUCACCUUCUUUUGGCAUUGAACUUCCUGUUGACAAUCUCGACAGCUCCAGUAACUUGUAUGAGCUAGACAGUUUAUCUAACCUGGGGAGUCAGAAUUGGGACAACAUGGAGAAGCGAUUGAGAAAGUUUCCAAACAUUCGCCGACUAAAAUGCAGCCUACGAACAAAUGAGGAUGAUCCUGAUAAUGGUACCGAUUCUUUCGAAUAUUUUGGUGGCGAUGGUGAAGAUUAUAAUAUAUUGUUUGCUACAGAAGAGGAAUUUUCGGAAAAGGAUGAUGCUGUUGCUUGCGUGAAAGGCAUGGGCAUGACAAAUGGUAUGAUAAUAAACGUAGUUUCUAGCAAGAGGAAGAAUGCUGUUCUGAUGAGAUGCUGCAAAAGGGGAAAGGUGUCAGUUGAUGAUGGUGAAUACUAUCUCACAUCAGAUUCGAAGACACAAAUUACUGGGUGUAAAUUUAAGUUAUAUGUGCACUUAGUUGAUGGGAAGUGGCACAUUCGGGUGUAUCCUGGUGAGUUUGGAAUUCAUAACCACGAGCUGUUUGACGAAGAUCAUCCCACGAGGGGCUUUAGCGAUGGAGUGAAAUAG